AUGUUGGUUCGAAAGGCGUUUUCCAGAUGCGGCGCAAUCAACAACCUACAGUCCAGCGCGUCCAGUUGUCCAUUGCCCGUUGUCCACAGCAAAUGUCCAUGGUCCAGCACUCUCGUCGCCGGGCUCCCUGCCGUCAUGUUUGACUGCCACGCGCACCUCACGGACUCCUCUCUGGCGGAAGGACUGCAUCAGACCCUCCUAGAGGCAGAGGCGGCGGGGGUGACCGGAAUCGUUGCCGUGUCAGAGUCUCUCGACGACGCUACACCGGUGGUCGAACUAUGCGCGUCCAUCAACGAUGACGCGUCUCGAUGUCGGAAGCUUCGGCUCCACCCAUCCAUCGGCAUGCACCCGGAAAAGGCAGACGUCCACAAGGUGGACGACGUCCUCGAACUCAUCGACAAGCACGCCGACACUAUAGUUUGCGUUGGAGAGGUAGGCCUGGACUUCAGCCGCCACUUGAUCGGCGAGUCCGGCGGGGAGCGGGCGGAGAGGGCCAAGGAGGUUCAGAGGGAGGUCUUCAGGAGGCAGGCCCGCCGCGCGAAGGAGCUUGGCCUGGCGGUGAACGUGCACAGCCGCUCGGCAGGGCACCACGCAAUAUCGCUGCUUCAAGAAGAGGGCAUCACCCGAGCUGUUCUCCACGCCUUCGACGGCAAGCCCAAGGACAACGGCCUUAUCACGGCGGAAAUUCAGCAAACCUUCCGGGUCCAGGAAUACCUCGCGACGGCUGGAGGCGAGAAGGAAAGAUAUGCCGUGCAGGCGGCGAAGGCGGGGUAUUUUUUCUCCGUUCCUCCCAUCGUCUGCCGCUCCUCGGGCUUCCAGAGUCUUGUGAAGGCGUUACCGUUGGAGUCGCUCGUGCUGGAGACAGACUCGCCCGCGUUGGGCCCAGAGAAGGGCGUCGGGAACGUUCCGGGGAACCUCUCCGUUUCGAGGGAUUGGAUCGCGAGCCUGAAGGGGGUCCCCGCGGAUGUCGUCGCCGAGACUACCACGGCCAACGCUCGCCGUUUGUUUCCUCGCGCGUUCGACCGAUAGCACGGACAAGACACGCGGACGCGACCCGCGUAGCACGCUCGCAUUGUACAUACAUAGCUGCUGCCCUCGGGCGCGAGCUAUAGAAACCGGCCCGCACUCAAAGGACCGCUUGUUUUGCUGGGGUUCGUUUUUGUUUUGUCAAUGGGGUACCCCCGCGUUUACAAAGGUUUUAUUGUAGAAUAGCUGAGCACCUGUUCUGAAGGUCAUGUUUUUUUUAUUUUGGAAAUUUUGAGCCUCAAGUUUUCAACUACGAAGUUCCCAAGGGCGGGCCGGUCCUGUAGGGCAAGUGGCGCGGAGCAGGCACCUUUUUCUUGUAUCUCGGGGAAGUUGCUACUUUUUUCUGGCGUGUUUUUGUUUUGUUCUCUCUGGAUUGGUGGUAUUUGUAUUUUUACACCCUGUACACCUUUAACUAAUAACUGAAUUAGUUGUUUGCCAGACAACCUACCGGCUAGUUGCUCGGAAACACCUAGUUGCGCACGCUCCUGGAGGAGUAGUUGUCUGCAGGC